CCGCGUGCGUGGCCUUCGUUCAAGCCGUUGACCUCACGGGUUACGAGUACGUUGUCGUCGGUUCCGGCGCCGGCGGUGGUCCUCUUGCCGCACGCCUGGCAUUGGCCGGGCACAAGACACUACUCAUCGAAGCCGGCGACGACCAGGGCGCAAAUAUCAACUACACGGUGCCCGCAUACCAUGCCCGCGUCUCCGAGGAUGAGCAUCUGUCGUGGAACUUCUUUGUCCGCCACUACGCCGACGAUGCCCGGCAGGCGCGCGACUGGAAAACCAGCUACGACACGUCAGAAGGUGGCCUGUACACCGGCCUCAACCCGCCGCCCGGCUCCAAGAUGAAGGGGUUGUUGUAUCCUCGCACGGGGACGCUCGGCGGGUGCACCGCGCACAACGCCAUGGUGGCCGUCUACCCGCAGCGGUCCGACUUCGAGUACAUGGCUACCCUGACCGGGGAUAGCGCGUGGUCGCCCGACAACAUGCGCAAGUACUUCCAGCGGCUGGAGAAGAAGCAGUACCUCACCGGCCUCCCCAAGGGCCACGGCAAGGACGGCUGGCUUUCGGUGGAGUUAACUCCCCUCUCAGUACCGCUCAAGGACCCGCAGCUCCUCGCCACCAUCACCGGCGGUGCCUUUGCGCUCGGCGAUAUCACCAACCAGGUCCUCAACAUCGGCACGCUGCUGGUGGGCGACCUCAACGCCGACAGCGAGCACCGUGACCGCAACCCGCACUACUACCAGGUCCCCAUCACCACCAACAACGCGGCCCGCACCGGCGCGCGCGAGUUCGUCGUCUCGGUCCGCGACGCCCGCAACAAGGACGGCAGCAAGAAGUACCCGCUAGACGUCCGCCUCAACUGCCACGUCACGCGCGUCGUCUUCGACACCAGCGCAUCCCCGCCGCGCGCCACGGGCGUCGAGUUCCUCGACGGCGCCCACCUCUACCGCGCCAGCCCGCUCAGCCGCUCCGCUCGCGCCGGAACCCCCGGCUCGGCCACCGCCUCCCGCGAGGUCAUCAUCUCCGGCGGCGCCUACAACUCCCCGCAGAUCCUCAAGCUCUCGGGCGUCGGCCCGGCCGCCGAGCUCGCCCAGUUCAACAUCCCCCUGGUGGCCGACCUCCCCGGCGUAGGCACCAACCUCCAAGACCACUACGAGUCCGCCGUGACGGCCAAAGUCCCCAAGGACUGGCCCGCCCUCCGCGGGUGCACCUUCCAGUUCAACAACACGCGCGACCCCUGUCUUGAACGGUGGCAGAACCCAAUCCUGGGCGACCGCGGCACGUACGCGUCGGCGGGCCUAUCCGUCGCGAUGCUGCACAAGACGAGCGCCAGCGCCGACGGCACCUUCGACGCCUUCGUGUUUGGCGGGCCCGCCCAGUUCGCCGGCUACUACCCGGGCUACUCGUACGAUGCGUCCGCGGAGCAUGACUGGUGGACCUGGGUCGUCCUCAAGUCCCACCCGCGCAACACGGCCGGGCGGGUUACGCUGCGGUCGGCGGAUCCGCUGGAUCCGCCCGAGGUGGUGUACAACUACUUUGAUACGGGCGGUGGGGAUUAUGCGGCGGAUCUGCGGGCUAUGGCGGAGGCGGUGGAGCUGGCGCGUCGUGCGCUGCGCCGCCAGCCGGUGAGGACGAAUGAGGUGCUGCCCGGGGCGGAGGUCAACACGCGGGAGGAGAUCGAGCAGUAUAUCAAGGACGGGUCGUGGGGCCAUCAUGCGAGCUCGACGUGCCCGAUCGGGGCGGACGGGGAUCCGAUGGCUGUGUUGGAUAGCCAGUUCCGGGUGCGCAAGGUGCAGGGGUUGCGGGUGGUGGACGCGUCGGUGUAUCCGCGGAUUCCGGGCACGUUUACGGCGGUGUCGACGUAUAUGGUGGCCGAGAAGGCGGCGGAUGAUAUCUUGCGUGACGUUUGAGAGGUAGGUACAUGUAGGUAGGCGGCGUCGUCUGGCCUCGGUUGCACACACGGUAAUGUUUACUGGAUAAUUAGGUAGUAUUGUAUUACACGGGGUAUUAGUGUACCUAUUAUUAGUUCAACCUUGUUAAGAAAGUCGUCCUCCCUUUCGUAUCCUUGCGUACUAGGGGGUUAGUAAGGGCCGGUCGCGAAGGAACAGUGGUAGACUUAAAAAGUAACAGGCUUUGAUUCCUAACG